AUGCCCGUCAUCUCGUUGUCUCUUCUCUUCGCCAUUGCUGCUCUUUGUGGCUACGGCUCUGGCUUCGGUAGUCUGGUCGAGUAUCGAAAUGCGGAUCAAAGUGCUAGCGUUCGAGAAGCGUCUUCCCAGUCGCACCGACAUGGGUGGAGGGGGGACGCCACAAACGGUCAGCCGAAGGGGCAGGAAGAAGCAGAGAAAGAUCGCUUAUUGCAAGCCGGGCUUGUGACACCCUGGCCACGGAGGAUACACAAUUAUAUCGGCCACUAUCACGACCAGAGACACUGA